UCUUGAUUUUCCGGUACCCAUGAAAUUUCCAUCUCCUACUCGUCACUCAAUUGACUUAUCAAACAAUCUCUAAGAAUACUAGAAUUGUUGAAGCUGGCAUUUGACCAAUCCCACCUUCCUCAUCCUUAGUAGCCAGCCAUCCAAGAAAGUCCCAUCCAAUCUCUGCCCCUUAUAAUCUCCUCCUGUUUCUUGAAGUCUAUCAGAAAAAAAAAAGAAAACAGAGGAAUCCGUCAGACAAGAAAACGAGGGUAAGGAAAGAUGAAUGACUUGUUUUCAGGGUCUUUCUCUCAAUUCCGCAGUGGGGAAGCCUCCCCUGAUCACCAUGUAAUCCAGAUGUCGGAGACGCCGUCUACCGAUGGCGUCAACCUUGAUAAGUUCUUUGAGGAUGUUGAGUCUGUUAAAGACGAGCUGAAGGCAUUGGAAAAGCUGAAUGAUAGUCUCCAAUCUGCUCACGAGCAGAGCAAGACUCUACACAACGCCAAGGCCGUCAAGGACUUGCGGUCGCGGAUGGAUGCUGAUGUUGCUCAAGCGUUGAAGAAAGCUAAGCUCAUCAAGGUCCGGCUUGAGGCGCUGGACAGUUCCAACGCCGCUAGUCGAAGUCUGCCUGGGUGUGGACCAGGGUCUUCGUCCGAUCGGACCAGGACUUCUGUGGUUAACGGGUUGAGGAAGAAGCUGAAGGAUUCGAUGGAGAGUUUCAAUAGACUGAGAGAGAAGAUAUCAUCAGAGUACAGAGAGACUGUACAGAGAAGAUAUUUUACUGUGACCGGCGAGAAUCCCGAUGAAAAGACACUCGAUCGCUUGAUUUCGACAGGUGAGAGUGAGACUUUUCUCCAGAAGGCAAUCCAAGAACAGGGCAGGGGAAGGAUUUUGGAUACCAUAAAUGAGAUACAGGAGAGGCACGACGCUGUGAAGGACAUGGAGAAAAAUCUAAAGGAGUUGCACCAAGUGUUCUUGGACAUGGCAGUAUUGGUGCAAGCUCAAGGUGAGCAAUUGGAUGACAUUGAGAGCAAUAUGCAGAGAGCAAGCUCCUUCGUCCGCGGAGGAACUCAGCAGUUGCAAACAGCGAGAGCUUAUCAGAAGAACACCAGGAAAUGGACUUGCUACGCUAUCAUUCUUUUGCUGGUCAUCAUCUUGUUUGUGGUGUUGUUCACCGUGAGACCAUGGGAAUAGCGAGCCGGGAACUCAUCAGCCAGCCCCUGCUCAGAAUUAAGCACCACCACCACCCCCAUAGGCGUAGGAAUUGAUGGGUUUGUUACUUUAUACAUGGUGAUCAUAUGCAUAUGUGUUCUAUAAUUUUUUUUGUUGGGGGGAUAUUCGUUAGUUUGAAACUUGAGUAUUGGUUUUGUUGAUUAUUUGAUUUAUGUUAUUUUCUUUACCUUUUUCAAAAAAAAAAAAACUUUUCUGGAGCUGAAUUUUGAUGGGAAAUGUUGAUAGAUGGGAAGUGGAAUACAUGCAUAGUGUAGCACAAAUGAAUUAUAGCAGUGGAAUUGAUAUUUGAGAUGAGAUUAGAAGCU